GUAGUGAGCGAAAGCAAGCUAAGAAAAUAUUACAAACCUUUACCCAAACAAUCCCUUCCCUCGGUCUUAGCACCUCUUCAUCUUUUCUCCUUAUCAGCAUAGCAUGCACUGUUAUUUUAGCAAACACGCCCCAAUCAAAUCAUGGGUCUACCAAUCUCAGACCAAAUACCAUAUAGAGUUGUGAUAUUUUGACAAAAAAGUGGGUUUUUUCUAUAUAUCUUUUUUCCUACCAUAUAAUAUAACCAAGACCAACUCCACUGGCAUUGUCCCUUCAAUCUCCCCUAUAAUUUUUCAACCAAACCCACGCCCCUGUUUUCCCUUUUCAUUUUUCAACCCAUCCCCAUCUUCGACCCUUUUCUUCAAAAUUUUAUUUUCCUCGAAUCCCAAACAGAGCAAAACAACAACCUCUAAAAAAUGCAAUCAUUCUCCCUCAGUCUCGCGUGCCUUGCUUUUUUCAUCUCGCUCUUCCUACUACAACGACAACCUUUUUCUCAUGCCAGUCUACUGUCCGAACCGGUUAGUAACCCGAACCAGCCUCUCGAACCGGGCCAAUACCCCUCCUCCAACACGGUUCCCGCAUUCCCGGUUCAGACCCAGACGCAGACCUGCCGGCUUGACCUCUCCAAUGAGCUCUUCGGCGGAGUGAAGGACGCGUGCGGCAAGGACCUCGACCGGAGCCGCUGCUGCCCCGUCCUGGCCGCGUGGCUCUUCGCUGCACACGCCCGCUCUGCCCUCGAGGUCUCUGGUGCGCCGCCGCCGGCCUCCGGCGACCUCCCCAUGAUGCCCGAUGACUCCCAGAAAUGCGUUAACUCCCUCCAAGACUCGCUUCUCACUCGCAAUAUCCGAAUCCCCCAACCCAACGCCACCUGCGACGCCAUCCUCUGCUUCUGCGGCAUCAGACUACACCAAAUAACAUCCUUAACUUGCAACGCAGCGUUCAACGUUUCUCUCUCCCACAAAAACGCCACCCCUACCGCCGCCGUUCGCAACUUAGAAAACAAUUGUCGCAACUCCUCUUACGCCGGCUGCACCAGAUGCCUCGGCGCCCUACAAAAGGUGAAAGGGUACAAGAACGAGACAAAGGGUAGUGGAGGAAGCGAGAGGGUGAAGAAAAUGUUCAACCGGGACUGUCAACUGAUGGGGUUAACUUGGCUGCUUGCAAAGAACAAAACGGCAUACAUACCCACCGUUUCGGCGGUGUUGCGCGCGAUGAUGUACAGCGCGCAUCCGCAUGAGUCAAAAUGCAGUCCCGAUCAAGAGAACAUGCCACUGGCAGUUGAUUCGCUUCAGUUCGAGAGUGGAAAAGGCGCAUCGCGGCCGUCGAAGUUUAUGGUGACGGUUUUGGCCCUGGUGGGUCUGUUAUUUUCAUGUUUUGUGUAGAAGGGUCCACAAGGGUUGAAUAGUUUGGGUUAGUGUCUCUUCUGUUCUUCUCUCUCACUGUCACGUGAAGGUGAGGUAGUGGACAAAAACAUGCACAAACGGGGUCGUUUGUUUGAAGGCAGUGGAGUGGAGUGGAGUGAAGGGUUUUGUCGCUGUAAAUUUCAGAGUUCAUUCACAUGUAUGUGUACAUGUCUGCUGGUGUGUCACUAACUUACAUAGAAAAAGAAGAGGUUUUUCAUUUCUCC